AUGCCGGGUCCGGUGGCCGGUAGUAAGUCUCGUGUUUACGCAGAUGUCAAUACGCUGAAAAGUCGGGAGUAUUGGGACUACGAGGCCCACGUACCGAACUGGAACAACCAAGAAGACUACCAAUUGGUGCGAAAGCUGGGCAGAGGAAAGUACAGUGAAGUAUUUGAGGCCAUAAACAUCACUAACAAUGAGAAAGUGGUGGUUAAAAUCUUAAAGCCAGUAAAAAAGAAGAAAAUAAAACGAGAGAUCAAGAUCCUAGAAAAUCUGAGAGGAGGAACCAACAUCAUCCGUCUGGUAGACACAGUAAAGGACCCUGUGUCCAGAACUCCAGCUCUCGUCUUUGAAUGCAUCAACAACACAGACUUUAAGGAGCUGUACCAGAAAUUGACAGAUUACGAUAUCCGUUUCUACAUGUAUGAGCUACUGAAGGCCCUGGACUACUGCCACAGCAUGGGAAUCAUGCACCGUGACGUCAAACCUCAUAAUGUGAUGAUCGACCAUCAGUUAAGAAAGCUACGUCUUAUAGACUGGGGUUUGGCAGAGUUCUACCACCCAUCACAAGAAUACAAUGUCAGAGUCGCCUCUCGAUAUUUCAAAGGCCCCGAGCUGCUGGUGGACUAUCAGAUGUACGACUACAGUUUAGACAUGUGGAGUUUGGGCUGUAUGUUGGCCAGUAUGAUAUUUCAGAAGGAGCCCUUUUUCCACGGACAAGAUAACUAUGAUCAGCUGGUGCGUAUUGCCAAAGUGCUAGGAACAGAUGAACUUUUUGGUUACCUACGAAAAUACCACAUUGAACUGGACCCGCGCUUCAAGGACCUGCUUGGACAACAGAGCAGAAAACGAUGGGAACAGUUUGUGCAGACAGAGAACCAGCACCUGGUCAGCCCUGAGGCUCUGGAUCUGCUGGACAAGCUUCUACGAUACGACCAUCAACAAAGGCUGACCGCCACAGAAGCCAUGGAGCACCCCUACUUCUAUCCAGUGUGGCAACACAACAGCUCGAUGAAAACUGGAAGUGGACAAGAUGUUCGUCUGUUACCUUAA